AUGGAGCUGAGGGGUCAAGGGUCAGGGGUUGGCAUGCCAGCUAUCGGGAUUCCAGCAAGUUCCAUAAUAACGUCAGUGCAGCAGAAGGAAUACUCAGCCGGCAUCUGGCUUCGCAGGAAGGACAAACUGGAACAUUCUCAGCAGAAGUGCAUCGUGAUCUUCGCCUUGGUGUGCUGCUUCGCCGUACUGGUGGUGCUCAUUUUCUCUGCGGUGGACAUUUGGGGCGAAGACGAAGACGGCAUCACUGAGGAGAACUGUAGCAGGAACUGCAGAGCGGUGCUUGUGGAGAACAUCCCAGAAGACAUCUCCUUCUUAGACAAUGGUACAUCCAAUAUCCCUCUCUUAGUGGGGUUGUACAACCUACUGGACCGAGCCAUCCGGGUCGUGGAGAUAGUUUCCCCGCUGUGGCUCCUCAACUCCUCCGAUUAUGAAUCCAGCUUCCAGCCUGCUGCCAGACAGGGCAGGGCUCUGCUGUCCAGGCUGCAAGGGCUGAAAGCUAAAGGAAUCCAGCUGAAGAUCUCCAGCGGGAUGAUCGACUCGACCGAGCUUGUGAUGCUCGCCAAACACAAUGCCGAAGUUCACUAUGUGAACACGACGGCGCUGAUCAACGGCCACCUCCUGUCCUCCUUCUGGGUGGUUGACCGGAGACAUUUCUACUUCGGCAGCGCCAGCAUGGACUGGAGAUCACUUGCCACAAGGAAGGAGCUGGGUGUGUUGGUGUACGACUGCAGCUGUCUGGCUCUGGACCUCCACAGAGUGUUCAGCCUCUACUGGGGGCUCCAGUACAGAGACUUCAUCCCCUCCUUCUGGUCCAAGCGGGUCUUUGCCCUCUUCAACAGGGACGAGCCCCUGGAGUUCACUCUCAACAGCACAAAGGCUCAGGCCUACGUCUCUAGCUCCCCCGAUGUUUUGAUCCCCAAACAUCGUAGCAGUGAUCUUGAAGCCAUUUCCAGCGUCAUCCAGGAGGCCCACCAUUUCCUAUAUAUCUCCAUCAUCGAUUACCUGCCCCUCCUCAACCGUAACGCUCACAGGUACUGGUCCCGCAUCGACGGUCUUAUCCGGGAGGCUCUGAUCCUGAGGAAGGUCCGGGUCCGUCUGCUGAUAAGUUGCUGGGAAAAAACUCACCCACUUACAUCCAACUUCCUCUGGUCCCUGAGGGGUCUGUGCAUGGAGCAGGCCAACUGCUCUCUGGAAGCCAAGUUCUUCAACCCCAGAGUGCAGAGGGACGGCAGUCUCCAGGGAAUAAACCACAACAGAUUUAUGGUGACGGAUAGAGCCAUUUAUUUAGGUAACCUGGACUGGGUGGGGAACGAGUUCAACUUUAAUGCAGGAGCCGGCCUGGUGAUCAGUCAGCCGGAGGGCAUGGAGGAGAGGAACUCUACCGUGGUGGAGCAGCUGAGGGCUGCAUUCGAGAGGGACUGGUUUUCACGUUACACCCACUCACUGCAGGCCAAUACGAUCCCCGUCUGCAACGCGCACCAGGUCAACACGCCAGUCGAAGCGGGGCCCCUCGACAAUGGACCAGUGCCUACCAGGGCGGGCCAGCAUGAUAGCGCACCAAUGAGACACAAUCACAAAGAUGAUGGACAGACGCCAGUUAAAACAAAGCACCAUGACGACAGACUCAGCAAAAUUGGUCGCCAAGGCAAGGCGAGUGGACUGGUGCCCAGCAUAGCCAGUUACCAAGAGAGGGGACGAGUCAAAAUGAGUCACCUCGACAACAGACAGGUACAGGUCAAAAGUGAUUACCGUGACAACCCAAUGGCUCCGCCCAGUCAGCCGGCUGAAAGCAGCGGCGGCAGAGAGAUCUUCAACGGGUCCCUGUGA